AUGGCACUACCAUUUGCGACGCCCGCCUCGCUGUCGCCUUCUUUUGUACUGUCGUACUGCGAAGCCGGCGAUGUCGACCAGCUUUGCAACGUCUACUAUGAGGCCUUCAAGGAGGACCCGGGCAACUCGCACUGGUGGUCGCCGAGCCGGGACAAGAUGAUGGCCUGGAUGCGCACGAGGAUUGAAAAGAAAAUGGCCGACCGCAGCAUUCGACACUUCAAGGUCACCGACGUGGCCAGCGGGGACAUGGUCGCCUUUGCCAGGUGGGACAUUCCGGAGGGGUCGGAGCACUUUGGCGGCUGGUUGGGCGACUGCAGCAGUAGCAACAGCAGCAGCGGUAACGACGGUGCCGCGGUCGCUGCCGCUGCUGCCGUCAAUGUCACCAAGAUUGUUGAAAGCGAACCAAGUCCCCAGGAUGCAGAACAAGAGAGCCAAGAGGUUGCAGCCAGCGCGCCGAGCGUAGAGCAGCAGGUUGUCGAUGUGCCGGAAGGAGCCGACCCAUUUCUGGCCUUGAACUUCUUUGGCGCACUAAAAAAGGCGUCUGCUCAAUGGUAUAAGAGUGAUAUGCUUGGCCUUUCACUCAUUUCCACGGACCCGAAAUACCACAGACGCGGUGCGGCCAAGGCCUUGAUAGUCCCGAUGCUCGAGCUGGCUGACUCGCAUGGAAUCACGGCAUACCUCGAGGCCACUCCAGCAGGGAAACCAGUUUAUGAAAAGCUCGGAUUCCGGCAAGUCGAUAGCCUCGACUUCAACCUCCAGGAACUCACCAAGGGGAAUCUCGACGGAUGGUAUAGACUCUCGAUCAUGACGAGAGAGCCGCGGGCUAAACCCCAAUAA